AAAAAGAAAAAGAUCAGGUGCCGCGUGGAGUUGCUUGAACCGGCCGGUAAGGGAGUUGGAGUUCGGUGAACAAUGGCGACUGCAACGCCACCUUCCCUAACCUUCCAAUUUCGUUCGCGCAAUACCUUUAAUGGUCGAAUCGGCUUUCACUUUCCCCGUUCUUUGGCCUCCUCCUUCAAUCCUCGUCUUCGUUUUCGUCUUCCAUUUUUAAUGUCUGCGUCAACGGAGUCCACUUCUCAGGCUGUGGCGUCUGGCGAUGAUGCUAAUAGCGAUGAAAUUGAUGUGUCUAAGUUGAUUCAAGCUCAUCAGGAAAAAGCGGCUCGGCUUUUGCCAGCUGAGGAGAUUCGAACACUGUUGGAUCAGAGUGUGCGCGGCAUGCUCUCCACCUUUUCUAGGAGCUUUGAAGGUUAUCCUUCUGGAUCUUUUGUUGACUUUGCAUGUGAUGCUGAUGGUACUCCUAUACUUGCUGUAAGCAGUCUAGCAGAGCACGCUAAGAAUUUGGCAGCUAAUCCGAAAUGUUCAUUGCUCGUGGCAAAAGAACCUGAAGAUAGGGGAACUUUAGUGGUCACUGUUCAUGGUGAUGCUGUUCCUGUUUCUGAAGAAGAUAGACCUGCUGUUCGUGCUGCAUAUUUGUCCAAGCAUCCAAAUGCGUUUUGGGUUGACUUUGGUGACUUCCAAUUUGUGUACAUCAAACCGAAAGUGAUACGAUACGUGUCGGGGGUUGCAACAGCUUCUUUGGGUUCAGGAGAACUAAGUAGUGAAGAGUACAAGGCAGCACAAGUUGAUCCGAUAGUUCAAUUUGCAAAGCCUGUCAUGUCUCACAUGAAUAGGGAUCAUACUGAAGAUACAAAGAUGAUUGUGAGACACUGGACGUCCAUUCCGGUUGAUUCAGCCAUCAUGCUAGAUUUGGAUAGCCUUGGUUUUAACGUCAAGGCUAGUUAUCAGGGGAAUUCAUUUAAGCUUCGUGUACCUUUUCCAAGACGAGCAGAAAAUAGAAAGGAUGUCAAGACUCUUAUAGUUGAAAUGCUAGAAGCUGCCAAGCCUCAAGUUUAAUCACCUUGACAGGAAGAUGUUCUUGAUCUUCUCUUUGUAAUGCUUAAAUUGAACUGGCCACAACUUUUCUGGCUUGGCUUGCUCUUUGGCAUGCUAAAGCAUUAACAUUCCCUCUCACGAAGCAGUUUUAAGUUGUACAUGGUAUCUAUGAACGAACCCAUACAUGUAAACUCUGAUAAUGCUCACUUGUAAAUUCAUUUUAUUUUUUGUGAAUGAAAUGGCAGUAUUCUCUGGCAA